UCCCAACUCCAAGCCAGCCAGCCGACGCCAACUACGCUUACCCUCUUUUGCUCUCUCUUCUCCCUUUGAUUUGAAUCUCCUCUUUCUCUCUCUCUCUCUCCCCUUCCGCAUCCUUCCUCGACGAUCGCCUGCUCUUCUUCUUGCUCCUCGUCUCCGGUCUCCUCCCUGCCUGGCGACUGAGCAGGGAGAAGCGCUUUAUUACUGCGGAAUAGGAGAGACGGCGCCGGAGUAGCGAAAAGGGCAAAAGGGCUACACGUUUGGUAUUUUUUUAAAGAAAAAUUUGCACGAGGGUCAUGGCGUCGGGGAGCUACCGGAAUGGAGGGGUGAAGGUGGCCUCCAAGGUCGAUCGCCUCCCGUCUUCCGCCGGAUACACCACGCCCAAGCCCUCCACCAAGUCCAGGCUUUCAGCUGCCGCCGCCCCCUCCCGCCGUGGCGUCUCAGUGGCGCCCUCCUCCAGCAAGGCUGGUGGAGAUUCCGGAGUUCCUGGAAGAGUUCGAGUGGCUGUAAGACUUCGGCCUCGAAAUGCAGAGGAGAUGAUAGCAGAUGCUGAUUUUGCUGACUGUGUUGAAUUGCUGCCUGAGCUCAAAAGGUUAAAGCUCCGUAAGAAUAACUGGGAUUCUGAAACUUACGAGUUUGAUGAGGUGCUGACAGAAUUUGCCUCACAGAAACGUGUGUAUGAAGUUGUCGCAAAACCAGUUGUAGAGAGUGUUCUGGAAGGGUAUAAUGGAACAGUUAUGGCCUAUGGACAGACAGGUACUGGGAAGACUUUUACUCUUGGGAGGCUUGGAGAAGAAGAUACAGCUGCCCGAGGCAUCAUGGUCCGUGCAAUGGAGGACAUUCUUGCAGAUACAUCACCAGAGACCGAUUCUGUUUCAGUAUCAUAUUUACAGCUUUAUAUGGAAAGCAUACAAGACCUUCUCAUUCCUGCAAAUGACAACAUUAACAUUGUAGAAGAUCCAAAGACGGGGGAUGUUUCACUACCAGGUGCAACAAAUGUAGAAAUUAGAGAUCAAAAAAGCUUUAUGGAACUCCUAAGAGUAGGUGAAGCGCACCGUUUUGCUGCUAAUACGAAGCUCAACACAGAAUCAUCUAGGAGCCAUGCUAUUCUGAUUGUACAUGUCAAGAGGUCAAUGAAAGGAAGAAUUGAUGUUGAUCACAGUUUUCAUGGUGAAAAUAGCAUGGCCACUAAUUUGGUCUCAUCAUUCAGGCCGCCCAUUGUUAGAAAGAGCAAACUAGUUGUUGUGGAUCUUGCUGGUUCAGAAAGGAUUGACAAGUCAGGUAGUGAGGGACACACUCUAGAAGAAGCAAAGUCAAUUAAUCUAUCACUGAGUGCUUUAGGCAAAUGCAUCAAUGCACUUGCAGAAAAUAGUCCUCAUGUUCCAGUUCGUGAUUCUAAGCUUACAAGACUUCUUCGAGAUUCAUUUGGAGGCAGUGCAAGAACUUCAUUGGUGAUCACAAUUGGUCCAUCUCCUCGCCAUAGAGGAGAGACAUCGAGCACCAUAAUGUUUGGACAGAGGGCAAUGAAGGUAGAGAACAUGGUCAAACUAAAGGAGGAAUUCGAUUAUAAAAGUUUGUGCAGGAGGCUUGACAUUGAGCUUGAUAAAUUGAUUGCGGAAAAUGAAAGGCAGCGGAAAGAUUUUGAAGAUGAAAUUGAGAGAAUUAGAAUGGAAUCAGAGAAUCGAAUUGCUGAAGCUGAAAGAAGCUACAUAGAUUCUCUCGAGAAUGAAAGACUGAAGUUCCAACAAAAUUAUUUGGACUCAGCAAAGAAGCUUGAGGAGAAGUGGAAGGCUAAUGUUGAUAAAGCAAGAACAGAGCAUCAAAAUCUUUGUCUUGACAAUGCACGUAAUGUAGAGGCUCCAUCAACGUCUACCUCAGAUGAUGUUGGUGAGGUCAGACAGUUUCAAAAUGAAAAGCACUUGCGACAAUCUACUGAGGAUGAAAUUAACAAACUUAAAAGUGAAGUAUCACGUUGGAAGCAAUUAGAGGAAGCUGGAAAUGCUGAAAUUUUGAAGCUUCACAAGAUACUGGACAGUGAAGUUGGUCAGAAGAAGAAACUUGAAGAAGAAAUAGCAAUUCUGAAAAGUCAGUUAUUGCAAUUGAGUUUUCACGCCAAUGAGACAAAGCCUAGUCUUGACAGAGGUGUUCCCGGGAAAUUAUCAACAGGAUUCGACUCCCUUGUUUCUCAAGCUAGACAUUCUCAGCUUAGAGACUCAGCAAACGGACCCAAAGCUUCAAUUGCUAAACUAUUUGAACAAGUGGGUUUGCACAAGAUACUGUCAUUGCUUGAGUCUGAAGAUCUUGAUGUUCGAGUUCAUGCAGUGAAAGUUGUAGCAAAUCUGGCAGCUGAAGAAGCAAACCAAGAGAAAAUUGUAGAGGCUGGCGGUCUUACAUCGUUGCUGAUGCUUCUAAGAAGCUCAGAGGAUGAAACUAUACGUAGGGUAGCAGCUGGUGCAAUUGCCAACCUCGCAAUGAAUGAAACCAACCAAGAGCUUAUCAUGGCACAAGGUGGCAUUGGCUUGUUAUCUGUGACUGCUGCUGAUGCUGAGGACCCCCAGACACUUCGAAUGGUUGCUGGGGCCAUUGCUAAUUUAUGUGGGAAUGAUAAGCUACAGAAAAGGCUUAGUAGGGAAGGUGGCAUCAAAGCCUUGCUAGGUAUGGUUAGAUGUGGACAUCCUGAUGUUCUUGCACAAGUCGCUCGAGGCAUUGCAAAUUUUGCAAAGUGCGAGUCCCGAGCUUCAACUCAAGGUAAUAAGGCAGGUGUCUCUCUUCUGAUAGAGGAUGGCACUCUUCCUUGGAUUGUAAAAAACGCGAAUCACGAAGCUUCACCUAUAAGACGCCACAUUGAGCUUGCAUUAUGUCACUUGGCUCAACACGAAAUCAACGUGAAGGACAUGAUCACCGAGGGAGCAUUGUGGGAACUCGUUCGCAUAUCCCGCAACUGCUCGCGAGAGGAUAUUCGACUGCUUGCCCACAGGACCCUGAUGUCAAGUCCCAUAUUCCAAUCAGAGUUGAGGCGAUUACACAUCGAGUUUUAACUCUCAAUCUCACCUCCGCCUCAUCAUUCGAUCGCAUAUAUUGCAUCAAUGUCUGGGGAAGCCUUGCAACAGGGCAUUGACUAUUGCAUGGCAACUUCAAGUUUUCCAUCAACACAUCAGGAUGCUUAUCUCUGAGGGAAGAAGCAAAAUCCAAAUUCACAUUGUAAAUAUUGUUUUCAAGAAACAAGCGUGAGCUUUAGAGGCAUUAGUGAAGAUUAAUUGAUCACUUAACUGAGCAUUAAUCAUUAUGUACCUGUAGCCAAUGGAGAGUAUAAUUCAACAGUUACUCUUGAGAUUUUGAAAAAUUGGGUUGUAUUUAUUAUUUUUUUAAAAAAUACAUUUAAGUGGUAUAUUUAGGCUACUAAA